AUGAGCUGCCUCCAGGAGCGGGUUUUCUACUACUGGAGACACGGUUUUUUUGGCCAUGUGGUUGCUUUAUGCGAGAAAAUGCAACAAACUAACCAAAAUGACCUGUUUAUAGCAAUGUGGGCAACACUUGCAACUCAUAUUCAAAAACCAACAAUCAAUUCUCUCGAUUCUAUAAAAGUACUCGAUUGUAGACAGGAUUUAGAGCUCCUCUAUCUUGUUAAUCAAUACGUAAUUACUAAAACAUCUCCCGACCAAAAAUCAGAAUCGUAUCAACUGCUGAAAUACGAAUGCGAGCAAAAAAUUAGCCAGGCAAAUACGUUCUCUAGACUAUCAUCAAUAUUUAUUGCGUUAAUAUUUCAUGAGUUCGACCUUUGCGAAGAAAUUAUUGGAGAUUCUACAGAACCAGAGUUUAUUGCGUAUAAAGGGUGGUUAUCAUUCUUCAGGGAUAAGAUACAAGAGAGUCUUGACUACUUUAACUCUGCUUUAGAGAAACUUAAAGGCCCAAAUUGCAUGACAUAUUAUGGAAAGGCAUUAGCCUCAUACUACUUAGAUAAAUUUGCUGAUUCAGCGGAAUACUUUUAUAAAAUCGAGUCAACAUAUCAAUUUCCCGAAAUUGUUCUCGAACAAAUCAGAUGUACCUUGUUUACAACAAAUUACGAAGCUCUUUUAAAACAUAUAAACAGAUCUCGCGGUACUACAAUAUCAAAUCUUGAAUGUAAUAUCUACAAAGUGAUAUAUUCAAUUACUAUCGACGCAAAAUUCGAAUUUGCAUUACGUAAAAUAGAUAGAGUUAUUAAACAGAUGCAUAUAUACGAAAGAUUCAAUUGGAAACUACAAAAUGCAAUAUGUUUUCUUUUUUAUUCAGUUUCAUGUCGAAAUUCAUUAAUUGCUUCAAGAUUACUACCUCUCGUAACAUUUACAGCUGAUACACAUCCAGGAAUUGCACUUCCUUUGUUUAUUCUCGGACAUUUUCAAAUUGCAACAGGAAAUUAUUUUUCUGCCAUAAAUUCAAUCAACAAAGGACUUUUCCUCGAUCCUAUCUCAUCAUUUGGCAUCGAAGCGCAGCUAAGGAUUACAGUAGAUUCAAACAGAUUCUCAGAAGUUCGAGAUCAAAUUGAUUUCUUACCUGAUGACUUGGAUUUCUCAAUUGACGCUUUGAAGAUGUAUGCAUUGAAGAAAGUAAAUAAUGUUGACAUGGAUUUCGACCUUCUUCUCGAAAAAAUUUUGCAAAAAAACGAAAAUUUUAAAAAUGGAAAAUCGGUUUUCGCAAAUGACCUCGAAUCCAUCGUCGAAAAUGCCUUUGACAAGUACAUAGCGUUCAGAUUCGACUCAGUUACUGAUGUUUUCAUUGAAUUAGUUAUUAAAAACUACGGAAAGGGGUAUUCAGACAAAAUUUCGAAAGUAAUCAAGCUUGUUCCUGGACUCAGCCCAUUCAAAUAUGUUUUUUUGGUCAGUUUAGUGCAAGAUGAGAAAUAUGAAAAAGCAAUUGACCUUGCAAGGUACAUAAUGAUCAGCGACUGGCAAUACAAGAAGGAAUGGUGCCUUAGCUACGCAGCAAUUGCUUAUAUUCAAACAGAUCAAAUGAAAUUUGCCCAAAAAUGCAUAAAAGAAAGCAUUGCUUACAAGCCAACCAUAGCGCAGACCCCACAUUUCAAUCUAAUAUGGCUAAAAUGUGAAGUUGCGAAGGGAAAUGGCCAUAACGCCGCAAUGAAAGUUUCAGAUCUUUUUGAAAGACAAAGUGAAGGUAUAGAUUUACAUUUCUUAUUGGACUUUGUCGAUAUCUGCCUCAAAAUAGGCGAAUACAACAUAGCAGCGAAAAUUACAAAAUUAUGUAUCUCAAAAAUAAUAAAAGGAAGAGACAAAGUGGAAGUUCUUUUGAGACAAAGUUAUGUUUUCGCUUCGAAACAGAUGUACGAUAAAGCAUUUGCCCAAUUAGAAAAAUUAGAAGGACAUGAAAAGUACGCAGAGAAGGCUUUGUUAUGUAAAGCUGAUAUUUAUUAUUACUACAUGAAGGAUGAAGGCCAGUACAUCAAGCUAUUCGAAGAACUUUGCAAGAAAAAUCCAACAACAAGAAAUUAUUCUUUGUUAGGCAACGCUUACUCAAAAUUAUUGCUAUUUGAUAAAGCGGCAGAGGCAUAUGAAUUCGUUCUUAAAGAAGAUCAAUCAAUUGCCCCAACAUAUAUCAAAACUUUGUUUAAUGCUCACAGAUAUGAAAAAGCCAUUGAAAAUUAUAAGAAAACAAGCUCAACAACAUUCAAAGAUACCUUGUUCUUCGUUAAACUUCUCAUUAGAAUGAAGAGAUACAAACAAGCUCUUCAAUGCCUUGAAUCUGCGAACUCUUUGAAGGAUAAAAUGCAAUUAUUGGCUGCUGAAUACCAUGAAUUAAUCGGUUUCACAGCAAUGAAAUGUUCAGAAUUUGAAAAAUCCGAAUUAAGUUACAUCAAAGCUCUUGCAAUCUACAAAGCUUUUAUUCCCAAGAACAUACAUAACUGUUUUGUCAAUGCUGUCAACGAAAUGGCCUCAAAAGCGGCUUUUUAUUUAGGAAAAGUCAUUUCAUUGCAAGGCAGGGAUGAAGAAGCAAUCAAUUUUUAUAACGAUUCACUCGAAAUAUGGCCAAUGAACUCAGAUGCAGUCAUGGAAUUGUUCAAAUUUUACAGGUCAAGAAAUAAUUAUCAGAAAUGUCUCUCCAUUGUAUCUGAUCACAUCAUGAAGAACACAGAUCGCGAGAAUAUAGCACUAUUGGUCACAUCUUUGGACAUCAGAGAAUAUGAUGAACUGAUAAAUUGCCUUAGAACGGUUUUACAAGAACAUCCUAACUAUUCUCGUGCUGCAAUUCGUCUUAUAGAGAUUUGCGCACGUGCAGGAAAACUAGAUCUUGCAAAACCUUUUGUUAAUUUCCAAAACACUUCUUCCAACUUCAUUUUCGUUCAAGGACUCUAUCUCAUGCACUCAGGAGAUACAGAUGGCAGCCUCAAGCUCAUGACAAAGAUCUUUGCCAGCAGAAUGUGGGGACUUUCCGCAAAAUUGGUCGCAUUCCAAAUUCUGACAAAUCCGAAAUGCAGAUAUAUAUGGAUGACGAAAGAGAAAUUGAGUACAGAUGAGAACCUUGAGAAAGCCAAGAGCUUAAUCCAAACAAUGGACAUCGAUGCAUACGAGAAACAACUGUUAAAUGCCGAUGUUUUAUGUGCUAGAAAUGAUGAAAAAAGUGUUGCAGAAGCCUACACGAUUUAUAGUGCUAUUUCUGAAAGUAACAGCGAAAAUCCACUUCUCCAAAUAUCAUUAGCAGCUACAAUUGGAUGUGCAAGAUGUGGAAUGAGACAACAAAAGGUUGAUAUCGCAUUGAAACAUGUUUAUAACCUCGUACAAUCACCAAUAACACACGAGACACAUUCUUUCUUUGUUGAAGCUUAUUUGAUCAGAGCAACAGUAAUGUCACAGUCAGGAACAUAUCUAUCAGCAAAACAUGAUUCAUCUUUGGCUUUGAGUAUCAACAAAAGUUCUUUCGCUGCUUGGGAAUUGUCUGCAACAUUCAACCAAAAGAUUAAGAUGUACAAUGAAGCAGCAAAUGCAUACGGAAUGUGCUGGGAACUAACUGAUAGAAAAGACUUGGAAAUGGCUUAUAAUUUGGCUGUUUGUUUGAUGAGGAGUGGAAGAGAACAGGAAGCUUUGCAUGUUUGCAGAUGCAUACUCGAUAUAAAUCCAAUGUACAGGGAUGUUAAAUCUAAUAUCCUUGUAAAUGCUUACAAGAAACUUACUCAAAAAGCUUAA